GAUUAACUCUUAAGAAUAUUUGUUGACUUGCACAAUACCCAUCAAAUUCCGGACACACCUACUUCGCUCCGCCAUCUCCAUUCUUCCAUAUGCUCAUUCUUUACCAAAACCUUCCUCUUACUAAUAAAGGAAGAGAAUAAUCAAUGGGUCAUGGAGUUUCUUCUUCUACAAGAAUUCCUAAACCCUCAUCACUUGAUUCGGAGAAUCCAGGAAACCGCAAAAAGAGAUGGACUAACUUAAUGCCUUGUUUUAUUGCAUUAGUAGUGAUCGCCGAAAUUGCUUUUCUAGGUCGCCUUGAUAUGUCAAAAAAUGCCGCCAUGGUUAAUUUAUGGGCUGAUUCUUUGUUACACCGAUUAUAUUUUCAAACUACCGAAGUUGAAUCUGCUCGUGAUGAUGUGGAUUCUGUUGGGUACGAAGAUGAUAGUUGUGAAACAUGGUUGAUGAAAGAGGAUGAUGUAGUUUAUAUUAGGGAUUUUGAUAAAGAUCCCAUUGUUGUAGCUGGUGGCGAUCAGGAGUGGAAUACUUGUUCGGCGGGUUGCAAAUUUGGACAUAGUCCUAGUAGGAAGCCUGAUGCAGCCUUUGGUUGGCCUCAAGAGCAAGGUACAGCUAGUGUGCUGCGUUCAAUGGAAUCUUCUCACUAUUAUGCGGAGAACAAUAUCGCCAAUGCAAGACGAAAAGGUUAUGAUGUCAUCAUGACAACUAGUCUGUCAUCUGAUGUUCCGGUAGGGUACUUCUCUUGGGCAGAAUAUGACAUCAUGGCACCUGUGCAACCAAAAACUGAGAAGGCUUUGGCUGCAGCUUUCAUCUCCAAUUGUGGUGCUCGGAAUUUCCGCCUGCAAGCACUCGAAGGCCUUGAGAAGAGUGGGAUAAUAAUAGAUUCUUAUGGUGGCUGUCACCGUAACCGAGAUGGAAGAGUUGACAAGGUAGAAACAUUGAAGCAUUACAAAUUUAGCUUGGCUUUUGAAAACUCUAAUGAGGAGGACUAUGUCACCGAGAAAUUCUUUCAGUCUCUGGUUGCUGGGACGAUCCCUGUUGUUGUUGGUGCUCCUAAUAUUCAAGACUUUGCUCCUUGCACGGGAUCGUUGCUGCAUAUAAAGGAGAUAGAGGAUAUUGAUUCAGUUGCCAAGACUAUGAAACGUCUUGCUGAAAAUCCUGACGCAUUCAACCAGUCAUUGAGGUGGAAAUAUCAUGGCCCCAAUGACUCUUUCAAGGCCCUGGUGGAUAUGGCUGCAGUUCACUCAUCAUGCCGCCUUUGCAUUCACCUGGCAACUAGAAUUCGUGAGGAUGAAGAGAAAAGUCCAGCAUUCAAGAAACGCCCCUGCAAGUGUUCUCGCGGCUCUCAAACGACAUAUCACGUAUAUGUUAGAGAAAGAGGCAGAUUCGACAUGGUGUCUAUUUUUCUAAGGAGUAGCUGCUUAUAGCUGGUGACGGGUUCUGUAAUGUACUCCCUUGGACGUUGAUCCUCUUACCCUUCUAUCUCUUGUUUUCGCCAAAUCUCACCCUUUCAACAUGAGUUAUUGGGUCCACAAAACGACAGCAAAAGAGAAAAUUUUGGCCUUGCAAUGUCUUUAAUAGUUAGAAGGUCUUUUAAGGUUUUCAUUAUGCCAAAAGGAGUAUAUUCCAUUUCUAUUUUGAAAUAUCCUUGUGAUUUUAGUCCAUUUCUAUUUUGUGAAGUUUCUCUCUAUCUCUCUCCUCCUUUUGAUCUUGUUGCACCAAUUUUCUUUCUCAAAAUAGUAAGAAAAAAAGCCAAGUGGAGCAAACUCUCAAAUAAUCUUUAAAGCUUGUUUUUUUGUUUUGUUGAAAGCUUAUGGAUGUUGUGCAUAUCAAUCCUGCAUGGGUAAAUAAUAUACAUAUAAACUCUACAAUGUUCACCAGUAUUAAGAAGUACGAUUGGUUGUUGUUCGUGAGUGUUCAGAUGUGUGCAAGCAGUGGCGGACACACUCCCAAGUCCCCAUCUUGAAUUAUAAGUUAUCAUAUAUUUUUUAAGAAAAACUGUCAAAAAUGUCCUGACCCAUCCAUUUUUUUGUUUUUGUCUAACUAUUAUUAAUUUAAGGACCCCUCAUUGUUAGAAUCCCAAGUCGAACACUGUGCGCCAGCAGAAGAAAAAUUUGAUCUACUUGAAGUAGUCUUUAGUGCAAAUUUAAUGUUGCGUAUAGCACGUUGUUAUGAAGAAUACGACACACAUUGCAGUAUUAUGCAACGCUGUCCCCUCACACCAUAGUACAUACUAAGGGAUAAAAAAGGGAAGCCCGGUGCACAAAGUAUCCUUGCAAAGAGAGUUAGUACUUAGUAGAUAAUUAGAGAUAUGUCAUGCUAUUACAAAAAUGCCCUUGCAAUAGUUAUGUUUUUGGUGUCAUCUCUUGUAACAUAACAUGAUUGCUGUAACUUGGAAGGUCCAAUUUAUGAACCAUUAUUUACUAACAAAAAAUGAACGAUUGCCAGAUAAUCAUCUACUUGCUCUUAUUCUAAUCAAUUGUCAUAUUUGGUGUCGAUUCUCUAUUUUAAUCCUUAAUAUCUCUAAUUUUGCUUUUUUGAAAUUAUAAAAAGUUGAUAUUAUUAAUUUUUACAUUGAGAUGAAUCAAACAUCCCACUUAAUUAUAUUUUUACUUAUAGAUUGAGAAUAAAAUACAAACUAAGAGUGAAAGAUAAACAGUGCAAAACCAAAUGAGAUAUUUAUCAGAAUAGGAGGGUGUAUUGUUUUUCUGGUGACGUGUGUGUAAACCUAUGCUGCAAACUUAUUACUUUUA